UCUUUCCUUCCCCAUAUAAAGAUUCCAGUUAUGCUUCCCCCUACCACCAAACAAGCAAUUAAAGCCCGCCUACCAAUCUCCUCCUGAUCCCGCCGCUGCUUUCCCUCCCUCCCUCCUCCUUCCCCACCUGGGAGCUUUCCAUGGCGUAGGCCGCGCGGCAAGAAUCAAUCUAAGCUUCCUCUGCAACCAUCUCUCUCCAAGCUAGGGACAUUGCUUGCAUUUUUGCUCUCCCCUUUGUUGUUUCUUGGCAUAUCUCUCUCUGUUCUUGGUUCUUCCGAGAAUGGCGGCGGGGCUGCUGCUGCAGGUGGUCGGGUUCUGCGUCUGGGCCGUCUUCUCCCUCGGCGGCUCCUCCGCCACCGUCAGCAGCACGAGCGCCGCCGCCGCCGCCGCCGGUGGGGCUUUGGUGGUGGUGGACGCCCGGUCCGCCAUUGCUGAGACGGAGCAGGCCUUCGUCUGCGCCACAUUGGACUGGUGGCCGCCGGAGAAGUGCGACUACGGCACCUGCGCCUGGGGCCUCGCCUCCCUCCUCAACCUGAAUCUUAACAACAAAAUCCUGCUGAACGCCGUGAAAGCAUUUUCCCCUCUCAAGCUCCGGCUCGGCGGCUCCUUGCAAGAUGUCUUGGUCUACGGCACCGGCGAUGGUCCGGAACCGUGCACUCCGUUCACCUUCAACUCGUCGGUGAUGUUCAGUUUUUCGCAGGGCUGCCUGCCGAUGCACAGAUGGGACGAGCUCAAUGCAUUCUUCAAGAAAUCUGGUGCACAAAUUAUAUUUGGGUUGAAUGCCCUGAAUGGCCGGGUUCCAAUGCCUGAUGGCUCUCUAGGAGGGCCAUGGAAUUACACCAAUGCAGCUUCCUUCAUCCGCUACACUGUCAGCAAGGGAUAUGAUAUCCACGGCUGGGAGCUAGGAAAUGAGCUCAGUGGCAGUGGAGUUGGAGCGCGAGUCGGGGCAGAUCAAUAUGCUGCAGAUGUGAUCACCCUGCACCAAAUCAUUGACAAAACCUAUCAAGGACCCAAGCCUCUGGUAAUCGCACCAGGAGGCUUCUUCGACGCAGCUUGGUUCAACGAGCUAGUUAGCAAAACAAAGCCAAACCAAAUGGAUGUCAUAACUCACCAUAUCUACAAUUUGGGCCCUGGUGUUGACACGCAUCUGAUUGAGAAAAUUCUCGACCCGUCUUACCUUGAUGGCGAGGCAAGCACGUUCAGCAAUCUUCAGGGGAUACUGAAGUCUGCGGGGACAUCUACCGUAGCAUGGGUCGGUGAAUCUGGAGGGGCUUACAACAGUGGUCACCACCUUGUAACUGAUGCAUUUGUGUUCAGCUUCUGGUACCUGGAUCAGCUUGGAAUGUCAGCAAAGUAUGACACAAAGAGUUACUGCAGGCAAACCUUGGUUGGAGGGAACUACGGCCUGCUCAACACUACAACAUUUGAACCAAAUCCUGAUUACUACAGUGCUUUACUAUGGCAUCGUCUCAUGGGAACCAAGGUUCUUUCGACAACAUUCAACGGCACGAACAAGAUCCGUGCUUAUACACAUUGCGCAAGAGAUACGGAAGGGAUUACCCUACUCCUGAUCAACCUCAGUGGCAACGAUACAAACCAUAUCUAUGUGACGAGCGAGGGUGCGCAUCUCUACAGUGCAAAGAAGGAGAAUAGAAGGUUUGCCCAUGUCCCGGGGCUCGGCGAAGUAGCUGAGUUCAAAAGACAGGAAUACCACCUUACCCCCAAAGACGGGAACCUGCAGAGCCAACAUAUGCUGCUCAAUGGCAAUCUGCUGGCUACUGAUGCCAAUGGGGACAUCCCCAAGCUGGAGCCCGUGCAGGUGGAGGGAUCGCAGCCCAUAACCGUGGGCCCUUACUCCAUUGUGUUUGCUCACAUCCCCAGCUUCUAUGCUCCUGCCUGCAUGUAGGUAGAUUUGUUGAUUGGUUUUGGUGAGAAUGAUGAUGUUAUCAUAGGUCAGGAGUGCGGGUGAGAAGCAAAGCAUGCUCACCUGCAAAUGAAGUAAGCUGUAAGGCUGAAAUAUUGUUAUUCAUAGUUGUUUCAGGAAACGAUUGUUAUGAAAAUUUGUGUGAGAAAAGGCAAUGAAAAUGAUAAAUGAUUUCUUAUUUUGGUUCA